GCGUCCCUCCUUCGCGACACGCGAUCAGACCUUAGCAUCAGUCGUUGCCGAACCUUCGUCUCGUGAACGUCCACGUGCGGCACAGCAAAGCCACCGAACAAUCACAUAUUAAUUCAAAAUGGCCUCCAUCACAAGACUUACCAUCAUCAAAUUCUUGGAACUGUUGAUAGUAUGCAUCCUUAUAGGAUUGGAUUAUCACUCUUUCAAUCCUGCCGAUAAACACACAGCAAUGAUUACUAUGGGUACCUUAGGCGGAUACUUAAUCAUUCUCGUGGGGUUAUUUGCUGGCAAUGUAAUGGGGACGCCAGUUAAUCGGCGUGUGGACCUCUUCUUCGCCGUGGUCGGCUGUGUCCUGUUCAUCAUCACCGGCGCAUUGAACAUCGACUACUUCUUACAGAUGAGGUACUCCAAAUCUUUCCGUGACACAGGUCUCGCCAAAGGAUCGAUCAGCAUAAUCGAAGCAGCAUUGUUCCUCGUGGACGCAUUCCUUACGUUCCGAGGAGAAAACUGAAUCCAAUGAUACUUGUUACACACAGUACAAUCACAUUCCGUGAUGCGAAACUGUCGAAAUUUUCAUUCAUAAAUACUGCCAAAGAUCGAAUAAAUUACUCCAUUAAACACUUCUAUGGGAGCAUCGUACUAAACCGAUUAGAACGAUGAACGGUAAUGAGCUCACGCGUGAAACAUUGCAGAGCAACUUAUGAAACAAAACACAGAGUACAAAUGAAAAUAACAAAAGUCGACAGAAUAGAUUUUUCAGAGGAAUAUCAGUAUACAGAAAUAAAUAAUAUAUGUACAACAUGCUUACGUUGAAUAAUCAUUUUUCUCAUAUUCGAAACUGUAAUAUUUUAUAGCAGAAAAUAUUUAUUGAAUGAUGGAGUUGUGAGUGGUAAGUCAUGAAAGUAUUCACGCAUUGCUGAAAAAUCCAUAAAGUGCCAUAAAAGGGUAUGAUGAUCAUAUUAACUGGACCAUUCGUACUUGCUUGCAAUCUUUCGCCUUCAGGUUAACAUACUUCUUAAGAGUAAGUUUCAAAAAUUUGUUUAAUGAUUGUUUUAAUUGUCAUUAAAGACCUUGUGAAUUUGUAUGUUACAUUUUCAAUUUAUAUCUCGCUAUGAGAUACUUAUUGCGUAUAAACGGAGUAUAAUAAAUUCGUCAAUUUAUAUACAAUCGACGAUUAAAUAAAAGCUUUAUCCAGUGAAACCGUUCACCGAGGUGAUGAGCUUUUAUUUAAUCUGUGUUCACAAUUUUCUAAUGUAAAAUGAGAUUUUACAUUUACAGCGUUAUAAUAAGCAUUGAACUAAUAAGCAUCCCAUUGCAUUAAAAAAAAAAUAUUUAUUGAAACGUUUCGUUCGUAAGCAUUCGGAUAUUUUCGUGAAUACAUUUGUUCGUGACGAAAAGUGUUGAAAUAAUUUUAUCUAUUCGGAUCCACGAAUUCAAAUGAAGGAGUGGACGUAGCGAUAAUUCAAAAUUGUAACAUUCAUUGAUGAUACCAAAAUAUCGAUACGUUUAACUAGAAUAAGCUGCAGUCCCUCUCUAAUUCUAAGGCCAGUGAAAGUUGUAAUCAUUAUUGCCACGCAUAAAUUAAUUUACAAUCGCGCUCUACGCCCAAUAACGGCUACCGUGCGAAAGCAAAACGUGUUUUUUUUACCAAGUCAUACUUAGAAAGCUGAUUCCUUACAUUUUUUAUACGCAUGGAUGUUACACCUUUUUAUAACGAUAUUAUCCAACGUUUCUUCUGGUUUAUCUGUUAACUUAUAUAUUUUAUACAAUGUUUAAUAAAUAUGAAUAUAUCACCCUCAUCAGGAUCAUAGAUCCUGAUGUAACACCGAAAAUUUUAAUAUGUAAUACAUGUACCUGUGUGCAGUUAUUUAAAAUAAAUUCUAUAACUUUGUAAAUAUAUAUUUGUCUUCAAUAAAAAGUAGCUUAGACCAA